CCACUUUUUGAGAAAUUUCCCAUGGGGCUCUCUUCGAGGGUGACCGACUGGCCGGACCCCUAUUCCUCGCCCCCUAUCCCUUGUCGGUCGUUUUGGAAUGUGGACCUCUUUAAACAGCGCCACGUCCAGAACUUCGCGCGACACAAGUUCUUGUCGCUGAAUUAAAUCAACGGGAGAGCAAGGACACUGACACCGACACCAGCAUCAACAAAAUUCCUUUCUUGUUUGUUUGUUAGAUUCCUCCCAGCGAAACCCGAUGGCGCCCUCUUCAGUGACGGUGACGGCCGCUGCCAAGUCCAAAAGUAAAUCCAAGACCAGCUCUUCAAAGUCGGUCCCGCCGCCGCCGCCGUCUGUCCCCACAGCCAAAGAGCGCGAGGCUAUCGAGGCCGAGCACAAAGAUUUCUUUUGGACUUAUACAGAAGAGCCGCACCGCACGCGACGCCUUGCAAUCAUCAAGGCUCACCCAGAGGUUACCAAACUUUGCGGCCCCGAGCCAUUGACCAAAUAUGUCGUUGCUGGCGUAGUGGCCUUGCAGGUGUUCCUGGCUUGGAUGCUUCGGAACACGUCCUUCUUCUCCAUCAAGUUCUGGGCUGUGGCCUACAUUUUUGGCGCCACCGCCAACCAAAAUCUCUUCCUGGCCAUCCAUGAGAUCUCACAUAACCUUGCGUUCCGGUCACCAACUGCAAACCGCUUGUUGGCCAUAAUAGCCAACUUACCCAUUGGCAUUCCGUACAGCGCAUCGUUUCGGCCAUACCACCUGACGCACCACAAAUCCCUCGGUGUCGAUGGUCUCGAUACAGACCUUCCGACCGCCUUUGAGGCCGUCUUCCUCGACUCUAUCCUUGGCAAGGCCUUUUUCUGCACCUUCCAGAUCUUGUUCUACGCCCUGCGGCCGAUGUUCAUCUUCCGCGUGCCCUUCACCUGGGUUUCGCUUGUCAACGUGUUGGUGCAGUUCACAUUCGACUACUUCCUGGUCACUCGCAUCGGAUCUGGUCAAUCUCUGCUUUACCUCAUCCUCUCUUCUUUCCUCGCCGGCUCCCUCCACCCUCUGGCUGGCCACUUCAUCGCGGAGCACUACGUCUACGAGACUGUCGCGCCCGAGGCCCGCGACCCCAAGAACAACGUCCCCGUCCCAGAGACCUUCAGCUACUACGGGCCCCUCAACUUCCUGACCUACAACGUCGGCCUGCACAACGAGCACCACGAUUUCCCCGCCGUGCCCUGGACCAGGCUGCACAAGCUGAACGAGAUUGCGAGCGAGUUCUACAACGACCUGCCCCGCCACGAGAGCUGGGUUUAUGCCAUCUGGCGCUUCAUCUGGGACGAGCAGGUCGGCAUGCGCUGCCGCGUCAAGCGCAAGGACGGGGGCCGUCUUGUCGGCAGCUCUGGGAAGAAGGCUGCCGUGGCCGACUGGAAGCAAGAGGAGCUGGAAUCAUGAUGGCUGCGUUGAUUUUGUGAAGAACCUGCUGGCAUCGACUGGCGGUUUGCGCGGGGGGGUUUAUAGAUGCCAUCUGAGGAUGAUAAAACACUUCUCCUGAUUGUGAUUACCGCUCAUAGGGCGGAUGAUAGGGAGAAACGGGUGGACGAUUGAUUGCAUAUCUAGAGUAUAGAAAGAAAAGCACGUAUGUAGCUUGCAUAAUAAAUUCAUGGUAAAUUAUGUUCAGCUGAUGCCGCAGGAGCCUUUGUCAUAGCAGAACUGUACUCUUUCAC